AUGGUCGUCUCCGAGAAGGACCCAGAGAAGGGCAAAGCCGAGUCGGCCACUGGCUCGUCUAAAAAGAUGAACCUGCUUCCCGGAUUUCCCGCAACAUCGGACUUCAUAUCGCGCGACCCAUCCAAGACAACAGUCAUAUGUCGCCGAUUUGACAAGCUCGCAUUGAGAAACCUUCUAUACCUGGAGGCACGGCUUGCCGCUUUAGGAGACCUGCAAGAAAAAUUCGAUCACGACGACAAGGACGUGGGAAACGAGCCAGUCCGCACAGCAGCAAGGUCCUGGGAAGAUUUUGCCGUCUUCGGUACAUACCAAGAAACCGGAGAAACCCCUGCCCAUAACCCUCUCCUCCCGCAGGCAGCCUUGCGUUACUGGACAAAAAGAAGACUGGAUCUCGUGCAUUUGUACCGACAAGAACUGAUGCCUACAGAAAAGGUUCAACACGAGAGUCAAACUGGCCAUAUAGGCGGAGAGGAAAUACACCCGGGGCCCAAAGGCAAAUGGCCAGAGCCACCAAGUACAGGCGCUCCUGCUCCCUGGUCCACCUUUCAUAGCCUUAGGAACAAUGUAGUGAUUCCAGCCGAAGAGAGUAACAUUUACUUGAAGAAUGAUGUGGGCUGCGGUCGCCAAACCUUGGAAUUGAUAAAAUCCAGAUGGGAGUUGGCACUGGCAAUAGAGGAGUGCUUGAAGAUCUACCAAGAAGCUGUUUUGCGAUAUCGAGAAAUGUUAAAACUUGAACCUCCAGCAAACCGAACCAAAGCAGUCGUGAGCGACUGGAUUGCAGGGGUAGUUCCGGACCAAAGGCCUCGACGAGCACAGACGGACGGAGAAACCGUCCCGCAUACCCAGGUUCCUCGGAAAGAGCCUGCCAGUGACCUUGUUGCGGUCGGCAGAAUAGCAGGUGCCGACCUUUUGACGAAGUGGGUUGCAACUUGGAAUUGGCUCUUUGUCUUCAAGGACAAGAAUUUUCCAUACCAGGAAAUCGAGCGUGUGCCUGAGCACGUCAUCGACAAUGUUGUGACCAUACUAGUCGUUAUACUCGCGGUGGUCCUGGUCAUUGGUGGCAUCUGGGGCUUAUACUACCUCAGGAUCAAGCAAGGAAGCUUCGCUGCCGACCUCGGUCUGUUAUCAGGACUCAUUGUGCUAUUUGCAGUCGCAGUUAAAUUCAUGACGAUGGCGUCCCGGACCGACCUUUUUUUAGCAACCGCAGCUUACACAACAGUCAUGGUCGUGUUUGUGUCCUUCCAAGCUCCGCAUGGCCAGGAUUUCAAGUUUUUGUUCGGUGGAGGUAGCGGAAACGGUACAAUAUCUGGGUAG